ACUCCAAUCUCCCGCGUUCGAAGCUAAGCGGAAAUAGAAAGCCUUCUUUUCUCUAUUUAAGCGCGCCAACAAAGACUGUCACAGGACGUUUAUCUACUUCGUUCACCGCACCGGCUCUACUAUCAUACUGAAAAAAAGAAAAGAAAAUGCCAGAGGAAACGUCCGCCGCGUCAAGCUCUGGAAGUGUGGAAGAGAAGCCGUGCUCAUCAGCAGCAGCAGCUGCUGCUGCAGACAGCUCUGUUGACGUCAUGGAGGAGGCAAAGAAACUGAUUGGAUCAGGGAACAGGCAUCUAGUGAUGGGAGAUGUUGUUUCUGCUGUCAGUGUCUUCCAGGACGCCUGCAGCAUGCUGGCUGCAAAGUAUGGGGACACAGCAGAUGAGUGUGGUGAGGCCUUCUUCCUAUGUGGGAAGUCCCUACUGGAGCUUGCCAGGAUGGAGAACAGUGUCCUUGGUAAUGCCCUGGAGGGAGUCCCAGAAGAAUCUGAGGAAGAGGAGCAGCCUAACAACUCAAAUAUUGAGAGUGCCGACAAUCUUGAUGAAAAAACUAGAGAUGAGCUGCGAAUGCAGGUGUAUAAUGCAAUGGCAGAGGAGGAAAAGACUGGGACAGUUAACACCAAGCUGGAGUCUGAGGCUGGAAAGAGCAACACCGAGGUGAAAAAGGAAAAUGGCGAGUCCCCAGUUGAGCAUGUGACUGGAUCAGAGGAACCCUCAAGUUCCCCUGUGAAUGGAAAAGAAGAGAGUUCAGUCCAGAAAGCUAAGGUGAAUGGUGUUGAGAAGAGCCCAGUUGCUCCUGUGAACGGUGUGGGGCAACAGAACGGCAAGGAGACCGAGGCCAAGCCAGAGGAAGGAAAAGAUGAGGAAUCUAAGCCAGAGGAAGGAAAAGAUGAGGAAUCUAAGUCUGAGGAUUCUAAGUCAGAGGUUGAACAGGACAAUGAGGAACCAGAGGAUGAUGAAGAUGACGAGGAUGAUGAUGAGGAUGGAGAGAGAAAUGGACAAGAUAAAGAAGAGGACGAAGUUGGGAAUUUACAGUUGGCAUGGGAAAUGCUGGAGGUAGCUAAAGUCAUCUACAAAAGAAAGGAAAGCAAAGACGACCAGCUGAUGGCAGCCCAGACGUAUCUGAAACUCGGUGAAGUCAGUGCUGAAUCAGGUAACUAUCCCCAGGCGCUAGAAGACUUCCAGGAGUGUCUUACCCUGCAGCUGAAGCACUUGCCUCCACACAGUCGUCUGCUGGCUGAGACCCACUACCAUGUCGCCACUACUCUGUGUUACAUGGAUCAGUACAGCCAGGCCAUCCAGCACUACAACAGCUCCAUAAAAGUCAUCGAGACCCGACUGGCCAUGUUGCAGGAGGUCAUAGCUGCAGCAGAUGGGGCAGCAGAAGAGAAGAAUGAGAUGGAGGAGCUGAAGCAGCUUCUGCCUGACAUCAGGGAAAAGGUUGAGGAUGCCAAGGAAAGCCAGAAAACAGCUAGCGCUGCCUCCCAGGCUAUCCAGCAGACACUAGGCGGAGCCUCAACCUCAUCAGCAUUCCUAUGUGAAAAUGGGGGCCCUUCAUCGUCUUCAGCAUUUGCAGAAGCCAGCCAGAUCCCUGUUAAACCAUCCAGCAGCGCAUCGUCUUCCAAAGCAGCCUCAGACAUCUCCCACCUCGUCAGGAAAAAGAGGAAACCAGAGGAGGAGAGCCCAGUAAAGGACACUGAUGCUAAACAAGUGAAACAAGAAGCCACAGUUAAUGGCAGUGGUGACUCUAGUGCCAGCAACGGCAAUGGAGUCCAGGAUGGAAAAUCACAGGAGUCUGCCAACCAGUCAUCCUCCGUCGGGUCUUCAGCGUGACUACUCUCAUCUCUUUCCUGAUCUUCGAAACCAGCACAGCAUGCCUGUCUAGCCCCUCCACCUCCAACACUUUUGUUUCUGUAAAUAAGAUCCAUUUUCACAGAUUUGUCUGUCCAGUUUUGUAUACUUGAAGUAAAAGAAUAAAACAUUUGCAGAUGUAA